AUGCCACUCUCAGGAGGAGGAAUUUGUGACUGCUUAAUACUCCAGGGAUCAGUCGUUCAUUUGGCGGUCAUGUUUGGGUCACAGUGGAGGUUGUUGCUGAGUGCUCUCCUUGUUGGUGCCGUAAUAUUCGAGUUAGAUGCCCAAGAACAGAGGACCACUCCAGGGAGGAAGCCCAAGCAAAACAAACCCAAACUUGAGAAACCCACAAAUAAAGGACCCAGAGCAGCAACAGUCAAACCCAAGAUCAAAGCUACACCUGCAGCCCCACAAACUGUUCUCUCACAGGUGCUAAACAGAGGGAAGUUUAAGAAAGUGGGAGAGACCAUAAGUGUGCAGUCAGGAGACACUCUGGAGCUGAGAUGCAGAGGCAAACCUGUGCAGUGGAGCGUGCCUCCGUACCUGGAGGAGGAUGAUGAUGGAAGGCUCAGUAUCGUCCAACAAGAGAGAUAUGGUGCUCUUACGUUAGUCAACACAACUGGUGCAGACACAGGGGAGUACACAUGUUAUCCAAUGUACUGUGAAGAUACAGACUGCAGGAAGGAGUAUGACAAAGCCAUCAAAGUCUUCGUCUUCUUUCCCGACCCACAUGAACUGUUUGUUCCUUCGUCUGAGUACUACGAGGUGAUUCAGCUCAGAUCCAACUGGCCCACAGUCCUCCCCUGCCAGGUGACGUCACCUGAGGCUAAAGUAACACUGCACCGCGAGUUUCCACCAGAAGAAGUGACAGUGGACGGGAGGGAGAUCUCUUUUAAUGUCAGGAAGGGCAUAACAAUUCAUCGACCUCGGCCUACCCAUGCUGGAGCCUUGUACUGUGUCGCCAGUCUGGGCAACCUAAGGAUGAGCUCCACCAAGUACAUGCUCAUCUAUGUCAACUACCCCAUGGCUCCUCCCGCUCCAGUGAUCCAGGCCUCAUCAGAGUCGGUGGCAGUUGGCGAGAAUCUGCAGGUCAGCUGCUCUGUGAUGGGAGAACAGGACGUGGGUGUGGAGUUCACGUGGGACUACCCAGGAGUGCAGAUCGGGAGGCCUCUGUACACACGGGAGAGCAUCAGCCCAGUUGGCGGAGGAGCAGCUCGACAGCAAUCUCAGUCUGUCCUCCUGGUGGACGAGGUGAGGGACGUGGACCAGGGGACUUACACCUGCACUGCCCAGAACCUGCAAGGAGCCAGAUCAGUGUCCACCACAGUGAAAGUGGUCUCAAAGGCCAAACCCAAGAAACCACAAAAUAACAAAACAGGGUGAUAACACAAGGAGAGAGGUAGAGGAGGAAGAAGAUGAGAUGCAAAAUGUUGCUCUGUUACAGUAUGAAACAGCACGUUAUGACUCAUAUAUGAAUGCAUUAUUCCAACAAAAUAUUUCUCCUUCUGUCACUCUGAGUCAUGCAAACAAGCUGCAGCAUUGCUGUGAUAAAUGAGGCUAUGUUGUUUGGAUGACUGUAUAUAAAGUGAUGUGUUUCAGGCUCUUUUAUAAGUUUUGUAUUGGGUAGCUGCUGCUUUUCUACUUAUUUCUUUUUGUUCUUGACUCUGCCAGAUAUGAUGACAUAGAAAAUAGAAAUGCAAACAAACAAGUUUGAACUAGAUUUUAUAGUUAUUAAAGCAAAAGGUCUAACACUUUGGUUCCAGCUUCUUAAACAGUAUUUCUCAGUUUCAUAUUUUGUAUUUAGUUUUUCUUUGUGAUUCUCUCAGAUCAAAAAGACCUGACAUGACAUGUUGAGCUCUUGCAUAUUGGCCUGUAAAUGUUUAAAUAUUUUGUGACUAAACAUGGAAUUAAACAAAUUCAAGUAAAGUCCUUUGUGGCCUUAAUGAGACUAUAAUGAUGUUUAGUUCUUAUGGCAUUAAAUGAGUGGUUGCAUUAGUCUGUUCUGAGGUGAAGUGGCAACAGUGGGAUGUUUUUCCCUCAUUGACCCCUGUCUGACUCUGUUAAAAGUAACAAGACACAUUAUGCAGACUGACACAUUAUUGAAUCAAAUCUGUCAUAUUUUGCAAUGUAUUAUAUGUAUUGUGUUGUGUGCAUCACUUUAAUAUGGCAGUCUGCAAAUAGAGGGCUAUUCUAACCUAUAAGAACAGUCACCAUUAUGUGUUAACAAGCUGAAUACUCAACCAAAAUUUGUAAGAUGUGUGUUUUGUAGUAAAAUAAAAACACUUGACUCUGAGGUGAGAUGGAGUAAA